AUGCCGAACCCAAUCCGCACCGACAUCACCACCGUCGACAGCACGUCCUUCCCCUAUACCUUCGAGCAGAAUGUCACAAUCACGCUGAAAGACAACUCCGGCCUCGUCCGGUGCAAUGUCUACCGCCCCAAAACUGAGCACAAGGUCCCAGUCUUGGUGACGUACGGCCCCUACGGCAAAGACAUCCCCUACGCGGACUUCCACCCAAAAUCCUUCAGCGAAGUCAACCCGGAGCAUCGCUCAGCACACUCAGCAUGGGAGACGCCAGACCCCGCAUUCUGGACGUCGCACGGGUACGCCGUCGUGCGCGCCGACGAGCGCGGAACGGGCCAAUCCCGCGGCAAACUCGACACCAUGUCCCGCGAAACCAGCGAGGCGUUCUUCGACGUCGUCGAGUGGGCCGCUGAGCAGGAGUGGUCGUCUGGAAAGGUCGGCCUCCUGGGGAUAAGCUACUAUGCGGGCUCGCAGUGGCGCGUUGGCGCAAGGCAGCCAAAGGGUCUGGCGUGUAUGAUUCCGUGGGAGGGGAUGAGUGAUUAUUAUCGGGAUCGGUGUCGGCAUGGUGGGAUUCUGUCGAAUGCGUUCAUUUCCUUCUGGUGGAAUCGUCAGGUUGUUUCUAACCAGUAUGGACGGCCUGGGCGUGCGGAGAGGAAGUGGGGGGUUGAUACGAUCGAGGGGGAUUUGCCGGAGGAAGAGUUGGAACAGAAUCGUCAGGAUCAGACAAUUGAUAAUAGGGUUAAUCGUUUCCGCGAUGAUCUCUACUAUGCGAGCAAGGAGUAUACGAUGUCUGAUAUACAGGUCCCCCUCCUCUCCGUCGCAAACUGGGGCGGAAUUCUCCUCCACCUCCGUGGCAACGUCGAAGGGUACACACAAGCCGGCAGCCAGCUGAAGUACCUCCGUUUCAUUACCGGCCGACACGACCUGCCCUUCUACUACAAGGAAGAAGUCGACAUCCAGCUCAGCUUCCUCGACGCAUUCCUGAAAGGCGACGACCGUGCGGGUUGGUCGAACGGUACCGCACCAAAAGUCGAUCUCGUCCUCCGCAAGGGCGAUGUCGGCUUCAACAACGCCAAGGCUGAGAAGACGUACCCCCGGCGUGUGGAGAACGAGUGGCCGAUUGCGAGAACGCAGUAUACGCGCUUCUACCUCACCGAGGAGAAGGAAUUGCUUACGAACCCACCGGCUCAAAAGGGGUACAGCAAGCUAAGCUACGCUGCCCUGGGCACCCUGGAGAACCCGUCAUACAUCCAAUUCACCACGCCUCCCUUUGAGCAGGAGACCGAGAUCACGGGCCACAUCGUCGCGCACUUGAACGUCUCUAUGAGUCCCAACGCCGGCGCCCCCACACCAACUGAUAUUGACCUCUUCCUUACCCUCCGCUAUAUCACGCCAGAAGGAAAGGAAGUCUUCUACACCGGCACAGCAGGCGACCCCGUCCCGCUGUGCAAGGGCUGGCUCCGCGUGAGUAUGCGCAAGAUCAAUGAUAAGCAUGCUCGGCAUAGAGAGUACCUCCCGCACCGUGACUACUUCUCGACCGAUGUCCUGCCGGUUAUCCCGGGCGAGGUAUACCCCGUUGAUGUGGAGGUUUGGCCGACGAAUGUUGUGGUUGAAAAAGGUGGGAAACUUGUCCUUGAGGUUGCGUCGGGGGAUACGCAGGGGAGUGGGAUUUUCUUGCAUAAUGAGCCGACUGAUAGAUCGCCUGAGAAAUUCCAGGGCCAGAAUCAUGUCAACUUUGGCCAUGGGGAGAAUUACGUGACUUUGCCGGUAAUUCCGCCGAAGUAG